GGCGGCCGCCGCGCUCGGUCCGCGCCGGGACGCGCUCGGUGCGGCCGCGGUUUCUGUGAAAUCCCCUGCUUCCUCUGCCCAAAUCUCUUCCUCUGGAGCAUCACCAGCGUGUGGAGCCUGCCCCACACACCCAUCCCCUGCCAAACCACGGCCUUUACCUGCGUGUUCCGGUGUUUCCCGUGCGACCCGUCCUGCGGGAGCGCCUCCUGGGCCACCCCGGAGUUCAGCCAGCGCUCAGUGGCUCCAAUGGUGAAGAUGACAAGGUCCAAGACUUUCCAGGCAUAUCUGCCUUCGUGCCACAGGACCUACAGCUGCAUUCACUGCAGGGCUCACCUGGCCAACCAUGAUGAGCUCAUUUCCAAGUCCUUCCAGGGCAGCCAAGGACGAGCGUACCUCUUCAACUCCGUAGUUAACGUGGGCUGUGGCCCUGCAGAGGAGCGGGUGUUACUAACAGGACUGCACGCCGUGGCAGAUAUUUACUGUGAAAACUGCAAAACCACGCUGGGCUGGAAAUAUGAACACGCUUUUGAAAGCAGCCAGAAGUAUAAAGAAGGCAAAUACAUCAUUGAACUAGCUCACAUGAUCAAGGAUAAUGGCUGGGAUUGAGUGGGAAGAGCCCAGCCCUAGCAGCGUGUAAGAGAAUGCCAUCCAACCGAACAUUAUAUCCAAGAGUGAGAGAGUGACUGAACGCUUGGUUCCAUGCAUUUAGAGGCUCUGCAAUCCGGGAGCAUCUUCACACCCUUCUCCAUCUUUAUUGGUGACUGGCCUCUAAAUUUCUGUCUCUCUGUCUCUUUGCUUUGUAUCUGUUUGUGAGUUGACCCUGGCUGCUUCUCUCUCUGUUCUGGCGUUGGCUCAGAGAAUGCACCGAAUGCCCGACAGCCAUUCCAUGUGCCCAGAGCUCGAUCCAGCCUGACCUGGGCUCUCCUGGCACCUCCCCAGGUGUGGGAGGAAGACCCCGAGGUCUGGGCAGGAGAAGGUGGGAGAGGGGUGGGGGAGUGGGGGAGCAGGAGAACCAUCAGAAGGUGACGCUGUGCUUCUCCUUUCAGUCCUGGUUAAGCAAGGCUUGAAACCAUCUCCUUGUCUGAAUGGACAGAGAAAUAUCUACUUGUCUAAAUGGAUAGAGAAAUAUCUACUUGUCUAAAAAGGACAGAGGAAUAUCUCCUUGUCUAAAAGGACAGAAAUUACCUCACGGCUGCGUUUUCUCUCGGAAUCCCGAAUCCAUCGGCAGAGCCUCAGCCCGAGCCGGCUGAGCCCGAGGCAGAACCAGCUCCCCCCACAAUCUGUGUUUUGUUUGCUAUUUAUGAACUCGUUGUUUGAGGGGGCAGGACCUGGAGGCUGGAGAGAUUCCCUGCCUCUCCUUUUUCUUGCUGGUUCAGGGUAGGGAGGCCAAACGUCCCAGCAGAGCACGGCCGUGAGGAGCAUCCUCAUGGCUGGAGAAACCAAAUCCAGACACUUGAGCCCUUCAGAGAGGAGGAGAAAACCACUUGAGGCACAAGGAGGCUGGAGCUGCAGCUUAGAAAACGUGGCAGGGUGAAGAAAGGCACGUGCGAGGCAAGGAGGAGGAAAUUCCGUAGAGGAGGAUGGGGACAGUGACAGAGGGUACCCCUGGAUUUCCUGGCCUCCCCUGAGCACCCUCGGUGGUGUUGCACCGAUCUUUCACAAGUGCAAGUAGGAAAAUGCUGUUGCAGAACCUUUUCCUUGCAUGCCAAGCUCCACUGGGGGAGCCUGGCACAGAAAUGGUGCGAGGAGGGAGCCGAGUUCCUGGCGGUUGUGUUGGAUAUUUCAAGCCCUGAGAAAUCCUCCCCAAAUCCUCCCCCCAUUUCCCACUCCCAGAAGCCCACUGCAGGCACGGGGAGAAUGGGAAAGAAAAAGAGAAAUUAAACACCUUCCCACCAACCCCUGGAGCGAUCUAUGCCUUGAGGGGUAGAUGUGGGUGUCAGAACUGCAAGGGACAGGGAGUCCUUCCCAUUUGAAUUUUUCCACGGUGAUUCCUGAGCACCUUCCCGAGGUGGAUGGUGGGGAAGGGGCGCCGUGUGUGACAGGGGAACUGUGUUAGGCCAAAAUAACAAUGGGAAGUUUGCUGUGCAGCAUCCAGCCAGUAUCUGGUGCAUAACCCAGGACUAUUGAGCUGAGUUUGUUUUAUCUCUCCCUGAGUGAAUUUUUCUUUUUGUUGGCUGAUUUCUUUCAAGUAGGUUAAUCCAUGGGGGGAAAUCUUUCUUAAUCCAGAAGGAAAGAGUGUUGUGCAGGGGGUGGUGACUCCUUAUGAAACAGAAGCUUUGGAGCUGUAAUCUGUUGUCACUUGCCCCCACCCCUGAGAGGUUCCAGGGGACUGUGGAAGAAUCAUUUGAUGUUAAAUUGGCAGGGAAUGCGGAUAGAGACUCUCCUUAAGGAUCAGGGUGGAAUUCAGUGUUGGAUCCUUGUGCUGAAACCCAAACCUGAUGAAGCAAAGGUUGUUUUUUUCUCUCUCAAAGCUCUGUUCUCGACAACUUUGGAGAAACGAGGUGGAGUUGGCCGGGCUCCUGCAGGGGAUGGAGUUUGUGACCAACCUGUCCAGAGGUGGCUUCUGCCCUCACCCUUCUGCUCUGGCUGUGUAACAAUUGCUUCAGCUUUUGUUUUGGAUUGUCUCUGCUUCCAUCAGCCACAUUCCCUCCUGUGACAAAUCCCAUAAAAAUCAAAAAUUCCACAGCACCUGCUGUCUUGUGGACUCUGGCACUGACUCUGCUGCCAUUUCCCUGUCCUUUCAUUGAGGAUCCAUGGCAAUUUAUUGAGUUUUGACUAGUGGGAAGUAAUUCCUGUUCUUCAAAGAGCUCUUUAGUCUCCACAGAGCCUGUAAAGGAGCUGGGAGACGUGAGGGAUCAUCCCAAAUCCAAUGAGGCUGAGAAGAGCACACAGGGCUCGUGGUUUGAUGUUUGUAUUUGGAGUGACUGCUGAUGAAAAAGAGACCUAAAAGGCAGGGCUGUGCAGAGAACUGCUCUGAAAAAUACCAGCUCCAGAGAGCUGCCAGGUGGAAAUGUUUUUAUCCAUUCAUUUGGGACAAAAAAAGGGCAAUGCCCCAUCAGACCUGGCUGGUUUUUACUGGUCACAGGUGUUGGGCUUUUAAUGGCAACCAGUCCAAGCUUGAAUAGGGUGAGGUGUUAAUCUGCUUUUAAUUGGUUUGAGAGCCUGGCCUUGAGCCCUGCUGGGAGCCCAAUGUGUGGCUGUCUCCAGCACCCAGGGAAUUCCCUGGAGGGGCUGUGAUGUCCUGCACAGGUGGAUGAGGAGAAUUGGGCUUGUGCAGCUCCUGUGUGUGUGCAGUAAACAGGAACAGCUUCAGCUGGCUGCUGAUUCCCCCGGGAGCUGUGGGCUGGCAGGAAUUUGGGAUCUGUGCCGCUCUGAAUGUGGGAUCUGUGCUGGUGGCUCCCAAGUGGGGGAGCCACAGAGUGACACACUCAGAGAUAACCAAAGAACUUCCCUGCUGAGCUGAGCCAGGUGGGGCCUUUUCCCAGGAGAAACGGAGAUGUGGCCCAUGGAAACUCUUUCCUGAGCACGUGGUGCUGCUUUCUGUGGGCAGCAUCCUCGGGAAAACAGGGACAGCAGCGAGUUUUCCUUCUUGUUUUGGUGUCCAGCCUUGUGUCUGGGCAGCUGUGAGCACCCUUGAGUUUACAUCCCCCCCCUAAACCCCAAAGCUCAGACUUGAGUAAGUUUUAAAUUGUUUUUGCUUUGGUGGAUUGUCUGGUGUGAAAUCCUGACCCCUGUAAGAAAUAUUCAGAUUAUAAUAUAUACAAAGCAGAAAAAAUAACCCCCAGACGUUAUCUUGUGAAAUAUACUUUUGUAAAUAAUAUUUAAUUUUUUUUAAAGAAAUAAUAUAUUUGGUGCUGUUUUCUCAGAGCCCCUCCCUGAGAGCACUUUUUUUUGUUGUUUUUGUUUAUGAUGAUACUGUUUCCUUCUGUAUUUGUUGGAAAAUAUGUUUAAAGGGAAACAAAAAUCAUAAUUUACGUUGUCCUCUGCAGUGGAUCCGUGUUUCCUGUGGAUGUGGCAGGAGAGGGGACUCCCAGCUGGCAGAUUUGGUGGCUGGGUUGGGGACAGCAGCCCCCAGGGGGAUGUUUGGGCUCAGAGGGGCUGCAGGCACCUGGGAGGGCUCCAGUUCCCCCCUGGCUUUCCCUGGGGCUGGAGUCCCCUGGUGCUCCCACCAGGAAUCCCCUGGAGCCUGGUGGGGCUCCCACUUUCCCUGGUUUGUAGAAUCCAGGCCUGGAAUUUUCUCUUGCACCAGUAUUGGCUGGAGUGAAGUAGAUCUGGAGCUGCAGGAGUUGGGAUUGGACAGGAGCUGCAGCCUCAGAUUCGCUGUUGCUGGGGCAGCAGGGAUGGAGGAUGGAGCUUUUAACUCACCUAAACCAUAAAUCUUUGGAUCCUGGUUUUAUUUUUGAGGGGAGGUUUUUUUGUUGCUGUUGUUUUGUUUAUAUAUAUUUUUUUUAAAACCAGGCUGCUACAUAACAAAUUAGAGUAAAAGUUUACCUCUCUUGGCAGUAAAGUUCAUUUAUUUUGUUCUCCUUUCUGUCUUUAAUCUCCCCCCUUCUCGCCCUUCUUUGUUUUUCUCUCAUUUGGUCUCUUGUUUAUCCCAAAGUGGACCAACAGCACAAACCACUGGAUGUGUUUUGCUGAGCAAGGAGCUGGUCAAGAACUCUUGCAGGCUUUUUAAUUCUCUGCACAUGGCUUCAAACCACACAGGAACAGAUCAAACCCUGCGAAAUAAAACCUGUUCUCGUGAUGAUCAAGUGAGAAUUUUCUCUGUAUGCAUUUUUCUAACUGCUCUGUGAGAGUGUGUGAAUCAUGCAUUUCACUGCACUUCCCUGCCUCGGGAGGAGCUUCCAGGUGAAGCAGUUUUGGGAUGAAGAGGGGAUGCCAAACACCAAGCUCAGCUCAGUGGGAAGGAGCUCUUCCCACCACGGGAGAGGCCUCAGUGCUCAGAAACAAUCAGGUUAGACAGAGAUUUUCUGCAGAAAUCCUGGUGAAAAAGAACAAGCAGAAGAGGGGAAACAAAAUCAUCUUGAAUUCAGAAAAAAAAAAUAAAAAAUCAACAUACUUAAAUGCAAGCAGAAUGGCAUUGUGUAAGGUACAACCACAAAUAAGCUGUUCUCAUCGUUACAACUGUGUGUAUCCUUUGUUUUGUUCUUCCUAAGGAAAUGGGAAUGCUUUCCCCACUGACAAAACUAAGGACAAUAUUUCCAAUACCAGCCUGUCUAUGGAUGCUCUUGUGUUUACAAAUUGUGUAUACUUUUAUUUCUUUGAUUUUAUUUUAAUUUUAAUUUUUUUUGCAUAUUCUUUCAGGUCAUUUGCUUCAGUCAUAAAUGCAAUUGUUUGUUUUUCAAAUAAUUGGUUUUCACGUUUCAUGUAUUUGUACAUUGUAUAUAGUUCUUCAGUAUUAGAGGGAGGCGUAUUGUUUGUCAUAUUUACAAUAUGUGUUGGUGCUCAUUUGAGAAAAUAAAAUUUUCAAGUACUAAA